AUAACAGUAGGCUCGAUGGAGUGCAAAUUUGUGUGACCCAAGCCUACACCCCAAACCAAAGAAGUUGUGUCCAGACCGCGCUAAAUGAUGGUCCGUCUCUGCUUAAUCAUAUGAGUUAUGGGUGUAUGUUGAGUUUGAUAUAGUAACAAAAUAAUUGAAUUCGAAAUAUAUCUUACUGUGCUGUUUCGUUGUUUUGAAUUUCCAACUAAGAAACAAUAUGGAACAACUUUAGUUUUAUAAUUUAGUCUUGGUCUUCCCACCGCAAAAUGUCAAUAUGGCGCCUCUAGCCUGGCAUAAUGCCAGACAAACGCGUCUGGUUUAUUUUGAGUAGACCGCGUUUAGUUGACGCCGCGAUAACCAACAAAAUUGCUUCAUAUUGAAUUUAUUCUGAUAUAUUUGGUUAAAAAAAAAGAAUAUUUUCCAGUUGCGGUCUAAGUUUUUUAAUAUUAGUUUCUGUGGAAAUUUAGUGUAACUACGUCAGAUAUCAGUUGGCGGGAAAAGGACAAUGCAAACGUCAAUAUUGUGUUUAACUUGUGUAUAUUGGCUAGUGUUGUACACAGCACAGGUACAAUGUAAGCUGGUGAAAUGUGAUCAAACACCGCCACAAGCUACCGCUGAAGAGCCUAGUGAGAAUAAGGGUUUGUUCAAACUAUCCGUUGUUAGGAAGGACAAUGACAUGCAAGAUGUUUAUUUACCAGAUCAAACGUAUGUAUUAAUACUGAAAACAACAAACAAAACACGUCCAUUCCGUUGGUUCAUGAUAACAGUGGAAGAUCCAGAUGUGGACAACAGCAUUAAUGAAUACGAGCAAGUGCCGGUAGAUGUCGGUAGUUUGAAAACACUCGCUGACAACCCGCAGUCAAGAUACAGUGAGAAAUGCUUCAACUCCGUCGAAAGCGCUGAUAACUUUGACAAGGAAUAUGUUGAGAUACAUUGGGUGUCGCCGAAAAACAGUCCUAAAGAAAUAGUAAGACUCCGUGCGACGGUAGCCGAGAACCAAGAGACUUGGUAUACCGAAGAUGAUUUGACAAUUUUACUUAAGAAAGAUACGAGAAGACCGUUAGACAGCGCACCACAUCCGCCCGUGGAGAACUGUGAACUAAACAGUGAAGCGAGAUACGAAAUCGUGUUUAAAGGUCUCUGGUCAAGAUUAACCCAUCCUCGUUACUACCCGAGUAAGCCGGACGAGAACGGCUAUAGCCACAUGGUGGGCGCGUCGCACGGCUACGAUUAUACCCUGUGGCAGUUGGGCACUCCCGCCAGUGCUGGUCUCAAGUUACUAGCUGAAGACGCUAAUAUCACUAUUAUUGAAAGAGACAUUAUUAAUAACAUGUCGGCAACUGGCGGUACUAGAACACUUAUAAGAGGGAAGCGACGUCAUCAUCCAGAAAUGUUUGAACCAUCGUACGCGUUAUUUAGAGCGGAUAGUAUACACCACAUGUUCUCUGUAGUUGUGGCCAUCAAGCCUUCCCCGGAUUGGUUCCUGGGCGCCUCAAGGUUCGAGCUCUGCACGCGUUAUGGUUGGUUGAAGGAAUAUAAAAUGCCACUCUAUCCGUGGGAUGCGGGUACUAUGGAUGGCGUAUCUUACGAGUCGCCGAAAUCAGUAACGAACCCGACGGAUAACAUUGACAGAGUGGAAAUAGGGUCCUUUAACAGCGAGUCGCCCUUCUAUCAGAUGAACUUGAACGAUUUGAAGCCCUUCGCCUACCUACACCUCAAGAGCCUGUCCGUUGACCCGAUAAAAGGGCGAAACUGUAACGACGAAGGGCAAGAAGCAGAAGUUGAACAAGUACAAAAUGAACAAGAGUCGGAGCCGAUAGAAGAGCCGAGAAUACUGGAAUCCAAGCUUGGAAGCGAGCAUUGCACGUUUAGUGAUUGGUAUGAAUGGUCACCAUGCUUCCCUGAUGAAGGCUUCUGCGGCUUCGGCACACAAAUUAGGACUCGUUCACGACUGGAUAAUGCGUAUAGCAAAUACUCUAGCUAUGAAAACGCGCCAGAAGUAAGUUCAAGUUGUCGAGAUCAUGUGUUAAUGCAGUCACAAGCCUGUUACGUUAGUUGCUGAAAAUAAAAUUAUUUAAGUAAAUAAAUGCAUGUUUAAUUUGUCAACUUCAAAAACAAAAUAAAUCAAAUUUAAAGGAUGAUAAUCAGAUAGUAUAUAAUUUAACUUAAUAACCUUCUCUUGGAAAGUCGGUUAAAAACAAAUAACACACCUAGGUAAAAAAUAAGUUUUAGGAUUAUGUUACGAAAUUACAACGUUUCCAAUAUGUGGGUAUAUGUGAGUUAAUAAUUCAGAUUUACGCCGUGAACUAGUUUUAGUUUUACUUAACUUGUGUUAGUUCUGAAGUAAUCCUGGAUAGUUGUGUUUUGCGCGAAAACAAACAGGUUUGAAAGAUUCGCGUUCGCCAACCGUGGUGGGCAAAGGGGACGCAGCAAGAUCGCAGCAGAACCACAUUGUUGCGCUAGUCGAGUAUGAAGAUAGCCGCGGAUAGCGCAUGCUCGACCUGCAACGGACCGGCUCGCCUCGCGCGAUCGCAACUUGUUGAUUGUUCGCUCACUUCACGCCAGUCUGCCGCGAACGAUGCGCGAGGCGGUUGUGUCUCCCGUUGCGUUGUUGUUCACUCCGUACUUCGAAGUUAUUUUACGAAAAUAUGUGAAGUUUUCAAACCUUAAACUAGGCAGAACUUCCGCAACGGACGUAGUCUAUAGUUUUUAGUUAACUUAGAACACCUUAAAUAAGUAGUUUUAAGUUAUCGAAACUUAAUAGGCUUACUCACUUUACCUGUAUGCUUCGUCCCACGACUCGUGCGAAGCGGUUACCUUUAUCGGAUAAACGGACAUUUUUCAAAUGGAUGUGCGUUUGAAUUCUGUGAUAGUGUGCUUGUUUAGUGUAAUCCCAAAACUUUUUGAGUGCACCCUCGAGGCUUGUGACAAGUUGUUACUUUUGUGAGGUGUUUGAAGUUGUUAUGAAGUUGAUAAA